ACAAAAAAAAACAUUUUAGGGCAAAUCAUUUCAGCCUCCCCAAUCGGCUCCAUCUCUAUUCUCGUUCUCAACUCUGAACUUGCCCUCUCUGUCUCUCUCUAUGCAACUGCAAACUACAAAAUCUACAAGAAUCAGAAGUUCAAAACCCAUAUAUUUCAGUUUAUCUAUCUGUCUGCAACAAUCAAAAGUUCAAGACCUAUUGGGCCUAUUGGACGACGAAAAACAAAGACAGCCAAACUCGCUGCCAUCUCUGGUGCGGUGAUUGCCACCACCAGGGCAUAUUGCAGUCACAGUCUCUACGUUGUUGUGCAGAACAAAACCGUAGUGAAACUAAUAUCCUGUCAUGGGGACUGAAGAGCCAAAAGGCCCAUUAAAAGGGAUGGAGUGGAAAAACAUUGGUGGUUCUGUGCAAAACGAGCCCAGUGCAGGACCAGUUACAAAAAAACGACUUCCAAGAAAGAUCAGGCAAAUUCCAGAUUAUUAUUUUCUUCCUCGAAGGUCAAUUCCAUCGGCCAUUGCCUUCUACGGGACAUGGAUUGUUGCUGGAGUUGGUGCCGGAAUGCUGGCAGAAAUCUGGAUAAAAAAGAAGGUCAAAGAGGAUGGAGGAGUCAUUUGGGAGUUCGACAAAUAAAAAACAGGAUUUCGUUGCAAGACUCCACCUUGAUCGUGGCCAACUAUUUUAAAUGAAAUCCUAACUUUUUGUUCAUGUUAUAGGCACUAGUUUCUGCCUCCAAGCUUUCCUCUAUGUUUAGCUUUGAUUUGUUCCUUUUUAUGUAGAAUAUCAACAAACAACUUCCAAGUUUGAUGUAGGAAUCAGAUAACUGCUUGAAUUUUGAGUGCUUUAAUUUUUGCCCAUGAAUCUCAUCUGGGGAUGAACUGAUCCUUAUUUUGCACC